GAAAGUCCGUCCCUCUGCAAAUCCAAGCAUCGUCUUCUUUCUUCGAGUCUGUGAAUUGGAAUUUGCACCGAAGGAGUUCAAAAAUGGCGCAAAGGACGAAUAAUAUAAAUAUUUGGCACUUAUUCAUUCUGCUAAAUUUCAAUCUGCUGCUUCCCUUUUCAUCUGGUGAAUCAAAUGAUGUCUGCAUUUCGCAAGGUGGUCGUUUCCCACCCUUCUCAUUGGAAGGAAAACCUCCGAAAAAGGUUAGCAAAGCACAAGAUUUGACGCUUUGUCGAGUCUUCCGAAAGAGGACUUGCUGUGGUGUAGCCCAAACGCACGCGGCUUUGCUUUCUGUUAGGAGGCUGGCUUCGACAGGGGAAGGCAACCAAGAAUGCUUGCAAUUAUGGGAACUUCUGGAGUGCUCAAUUUGUGAUCCACAAGUUGGCGUUCGACCGGGACCUCCUCUAAUAUGUGCCUCUUUCUGCAACAGAGUCUUCAAAGCUUGCUCUGAUGCUUACUUUUCUGUUGAUGCUAAAAUGCAGGUUCUAGCACCAUGUGGAGUGAAUGACUUUGUGUGUGGCAGGGCUUCCGAAUGGGUCUCGAAUGGCACGGAGCUUUGCAGCGCUGCAGGUUUUUCAGUUAAAAUUUCUGAUGAAGAAGCCUCUUGCUAUGGUAGUAAAGCCAGACUAGACUCCAUUGCUAAUUCGUGGAAGACUUCACCAUCUGUAGUGUCAUCACAAAGAACAGGUUACUUGGGUUUCUGGGAGGCUUUCCAGCAAUGGGUGAAAGAAAUGAGUUUUCAUGAACGGGUUUCGUGGCUGAUCGGGUCCAUGGUGUUUUCAGCAGGGCUUCUGUUUGCAAGCAAAAGGCAAAGUCAUAGCCAGCGCCAGAAAUAUGCCGCUAUUCAACGAGCAACGAAGAAAAUUGAAGCAAAUAUGAGUCCGAGUUCUCUUGGUACUCAAGGAAUCAGGAGAGGAAGUAGAAGAUGACUGACACCUAUGCCAAUUUAUGAGGUAAACUAUGCCUCUUUUCCAUUAACUUUCUUUUAAAAGAAAAAGGAAAAAUCAGACCUUCGAUGCUUUUUCACUCGUCUCUUCGUUGUACUCGUCUUCUCCCGCUUAUAUUCAUUGAGGUUCACCAUUUGUAGAAAAAAAAAAAAAAAAAAAAAAAGACUCAGCUGUCCAACAAGUUCUGAUGCUUGAAAAGUAGCAGCCAUGGUUGCUCUUCCAUUUGAAUGAAAGAAAGAAGAUAACAAUGGAGUUAUAUGUAGUUGUACAAUUGUAGGAAGAACUGGAUAAUGUGAUAAUUUCUCUUGAAUAGUGUAUUAAGAUUAAUCUCCUAAAGAAUUUUGGUGAGCAUAACAGUUUGUUGAUAUGGAGUGAUGAAGCAGCUUCUUUAACUUGGGUGAAUUCUGUAAUGUAGUUUUGAUAUUUA